ACUAGUAACUACCCUUCAUUUGUUACUAUAAAUAGCACCCUUAACUGGCUCACACUAGCGCAACACAACCUAGUAAGCUCUUUUAAAGUUCUGGCCCGAACCCUUUCUUUCGUCACAAUCACAACUUGGUAAAGGUACUCCGUGCAAGAAAGAUGAAGCUCGAGUUCGCAAAUGUGCUACUUCUGUGCCUUGUCCUUAGCUCUUCUUUCUUGGAAAUCUCAAUGGCUGGUUCUCCUUUCUGUGACUCAAAGUGCGCGCAGAGGUGUGCCAAAGCUGGGGUUCAGGACAGAUGCUUGAGGUUUUGCGGGAUCUGCUGCGAGAAGUGCAACUGUGUCCCAUCUGGGACUUACGGAAACAAGGACGAGUGCCCUUGCUACAGGGACAUGAAGAACUCCAAGGGCAAGGACAAAUGCCCUUGAAGAAUAUCUAAUUUCAUCAUCACACUCCAUUCCAAUAAACUACCUUGUAUUGUAUCUUCAGCCUUCCUUUUCAGAGUAUUGCAUUAUGCCACGGAUCUAUGUACCUACCCUUCAACUUAAGUAUUCCGUCUAGUUAAUUAGCAUAGCUACCCUUCAACUUAUGUGUUCCGACCUAGUUAAUUAGCUUAUUAAUUAUUUACGAGAGUAAAACAUCGUUUUAGUUCUGUCAUCUUAGUCUUUGAAGUUAUAUAAAGAAAUUCAAAUUAAAAUAAAUUUGUAACAUGUUAAAUAAAUUUAUAAACUUUAUUGUUUAUUAUUA